AUACCUCAUGAUUACUAUUAUACCGUAACCUUUCAAAGAUGAAGAAGACAGCAGCUCAUCUUUUCCUGUGUCUGGCUCUAGCACUAUUCCUUGCAGGUACAGCUUCUUCCCAGUCUUGCAAUUCUACUGGCGCAGUUCGUUUGGUGUGGGGCUCUGGUGGAUGGGAAGGGCAAGUACAGAUAUGCCUAAAUGGUGUUUGGGGCUGGGUCUGUCACAAUGGAUUCAGCAAUGCUGAUGCACAGGUGGUCUGUCGUCAGCUUGGAUAUGGGACCUCAGGAGCCAUUGCCAGAACUAGCUCAUACUAUGGUUGGGGUAACGGAGUAACAUGGAUUGAUUAUGUUGGUUGUUCUGGAUCAGAGACUAACAUAUCAAGCUGCAGUUACUCAAGUUCUCUAACUAGCUCUUGUACUAUAACCACAAUUGCUGGUGUCGUAUGUCAAAGUGGUGGGUCUUGUACAAAUUAUGAUGUUCGUUUAAUUCCAACUUCAUCAUCUUAUCGAUCAUAUGGUCGCGUUGAGGUCUGUCUUAACAAUCAGUGGGGCACUGUUUGUGAUGACGGAUGGAGUACUUAUGAUGCAACCACUUUUUGCAGACAACUGGGCUAUUAUAGUGGUGGAUCAAGCUGCUGUGCUAAUUAUGGACAAGGCUAUGUUUCUAUAGCUAUUAGAUAUGUCAGUUGCUCAAGCAGUCAUUACAGAUUCUCACAGUGUGGCUACACUGCUGGUUCAAGUGGGUGCUAUCACUACGAAGACGCUGGUGCUACCUGCUAUGGUCGAUUGACCACGUCCUGUAGCAGUGGGCAAGUUAGAUUAUGGAGACCAUCAGGUGACAAUGGUCCCACUCACGAAGGAAUUGCUUUGUACUGCAGAAGUGGUUCUUGGAGAGCAACCUGUAAUUAUAACUUCAACUGUCACACAGCAAGAGUGAUAUGUCAACAAUUGGGAUACCCUGGAGCAGUAGGAAUAAGGUCUUUCCGUUAUUACGGGUACUACAACUACUUUGAUGACUACACCAUUUCGUGUAGUUCCAGUGCCAACAGAAUUAACCAGUGCAAUUACUAUAGACCAGGCUACUACUACUACACAUACUAUGGCUACCGGUUUAGGGCAUACUGUACAAGCAAUACUCAAAUAAGUGGAAUUGUUUGUUAUGCCCCAGCACAAAGUGAUGUUUGUACCAAUGGAACAGUGAGACUAGUCAAUGGUACUACUAGUAAUGAAGGUAGAGUAGAGUACUGUUAUGAAGGAGACUGGGUACCAUUCUGUGGCAUGUCGACACUGACUGCUUCACGCAUUUGCACUCAGCUGGGAUACAACUACACUUAUGGUAGUGUCAUUGAAGAUGAAAGAUUUGGGAGGACAAACAAAAUGAGUAGUUUCAAUCAUAAAUAUUGCAGCAGUUCACAUCAGACAUUGUCAGACUGUGUUGAAGCUAGGAAAGGGAGUUCUUGCUACAUUACACUGUCAAGGUGUUCUAUUGAAUAUGGUCUACGAUGCUACAGUCAGUAA